AUGAUCCCCCACAUGAUGGCUGCUCUCACUGGUGAUCGGAAGUCAGUCUUAGAGGGCACAUGGGCUCUUGGGGCCAUCGCCAUCGUCGUGGUGGCGCUCCGGAUACUUGCAAAAGCCAGGCUUCGCCAUCUCGGAACAGACGAUGUUGCAAUGAUUUUAUCUCUGAUUUUUGCCCUCGGCUCAUCGAUAAACUUCACAAUCGCAAUUCUUGACUACGGCUUCGCAUCCGGUGGUUCUGGGAUCGACGAGCCCAUCGCUCUCAUGUACUAUACCAUAACGGAGGUCUGCGGCGUUACAAGCACCUGCCUAGGCCGGAUCGCGUUCAUCCUCUACCUUUUACCAGUACUUUCAACGAGGAAAGUCUUCAAGAUCAGCCUAUGGGUACUGUUUGCGGUGCAAGUAGCGGCAAAUAUUGUAAUGAUUGUCCUCAUCUUAGCUCAAUGCCGCGAUAUCCGUGGGGUUUGGGAUGCCAAAUACGCCACGCACUGCAUGGAAGACUAUAUCCAGCUCCAUUUUGGCUACUUCCUCUGCUUCUGCAACUCCUCCGCAGACUUGAUGCUGGCAGUCUUUCCGUGCUAUAUUUUCUGGGAUCUCAAGUUGAAGCCAAUCAUCAAGUUCAGCCUUAUGACACUCACGAGUUUGGGUGUUCUCGCAACAGUCGGUGCCAUAAUGAAGGCUGUAUAUCUCAAACAGAUCUUAACCUGGGAUGGUACAGCCAACGCAAUACAUCUUACCUGCUGGGCUAUGAUCGAAUCCUAUCUCGUUAUUAUCUCCGCCUCCGUCCCCUGCCUUCGUUCCCUGGUGGUUUCUUCCGUGCGCCAGUUGUUCGCAAGUGACAAGUCUAGCACUUUGCCUUUCACCUCAUCGUACAGGAAGAGAACGACAAGCCACCAACGCACGACGAAUCGCGUACAAACGAAUCACGAGGCAUCUGGGAGUAGGCAGAAUUUCUUCUCAGGUGCACGUGGCGAGGACAUUGAGAUGGGGACUACUAGGACUUCGGUCAAUGCCAAUGAAAGUGACGAUGGGCGGGAGGCAGCGCGGGAUGGAAUUGCAAAGACGGUGGAUGUUAGUAUUACUUGGGAGCAAGGACAUGGCAGAGACCGUAUUCCCUAG